CCUGUUUUCUUUUUUUCCCUCUAGAUUUAUGGCAUACACCAUGGUGCAUGUGUGCUGGAAGCUGUCCAUCAUCUUUUUCUUCUAUCAAGUUGUCUCAGGAAGAGUCAGGAGGGAGGGGCAUUAUGUUGCCGCCGUGUAUGAGCACGAGUCCAUACUGAGUCCCAACCCGACAGCCCUGGUGGAUCGGCGCUCCGCGCUGGAUCUCAUGGGCAAGAACCUCGACAUCUAUGAGCAGCAAGCAGUGGCUGCUGCCAGACAGGGGGCACAGAUUAUUGUUUUUCCUGAAGAUGGAAUCCAUGGCUUCAACUUCACCAGAAGCUCCAUUUAUCCUUACUUAGAUUUCGUUCUGCAUUCGCACUCUGGGAAGUGGAAUCCAUGCAGAGAGCCCUAUUUGUUCAAUGACACAGAGGUUAUUCAGCGACUGAGCUGCAUGGCACUGAAGAACAAAAUAUUCCUUGUGGCAAACUUAGGAACUAAGCAGCCCUGUGAACACACUGAUCCUCACUGUCCACCUGAUGGAAGGUACCAGUUCAACACCAACGUGGCGUUCGAUGAUGAUGGUACCUUGGUAGCCACUUAUCGCAAACACAACCUGUAUUUCGAAUACGCUUUUGAUACCCCUCCAGAGCCUGACUAUAAACACUUUGAUACCCCUUUUGCUGGCAAGUUUGGCAUGUUCACUUGCUUUGAUAUACUCUUUUUUGAGCCCGCAGUGAACCUCAUCAGACAAUACAAUUUGAAACAAAUUGUAUAUCCAACUGCCUGGAUGAACCAGCUCCCGCUCUUGUCUGCUGUAGAAUUUCAACAAGCUUUUGCAACAGCUUUCAAUGUCAAUAUUUUAGCAGCUAAUAUCCACCACCCUACCUUGGGCAUGACAGGGAGUGGGAUAUACACUCCAGUCAAAUCCUUCAUCUACCACAACAUGGAAAGUUAUGGUGGCAAGCUCAUAGUAGCAGAAAUUCCUGUGAUUACCACGGAUCAUGAAACCAAUUUGGAGAGUAAUGAAAGAUUCAGAGUGAACUUACAUGACUCAUGCAGGACUUUUACGAGCACCUUGCUGGAUGAUCAGGUUUGCUUUAAGGAGCAAGAAGAGACUCCUGGCAGAGUAUCUGAAAAAGGAAAUGAACAGUUACCUCCCCCAUUUUAUGCAGAAAUGAUGUAUGACAACUUUACUUUCGUUCCUGUAUGGGGGGAGAAAGGACAGCUCCGGGUUUGUGCCAAUACCCUUUGUUGUUACUUAAAUUAUCAGAGAGCUGUUUUAACUGAUGAAUUAUAUGCUUUGGGAGUUUUUGAUGGGCUCCAUACAGUGCAUGGCACAUACUAUGUCCAGGCCUGUGCGUUAGUGAAGUGUGGUGGUCUCAGCUUUAGCACUUGUGGACAGGAGGUUACAGAUGCCACUGCUCUGAUAGAUUUCCAGCUAUGGGGAAAUAUGAGUACCCCUUACAUCUUUCCUUUGCUGCUGACGUCUGGCAUUACCUUGGACUUUGCUGAUCACAUGGGCUGGAAAAACAACCACUAUUUCAUGAGCAAAAAUAGAACAUCUUCUGGCCUUCUGACAGCUGCUCUGUAUGGACGAUGGUAUGAAAAGGACUAGCACAGAUUUGAGUCAGAAAACAACUGCUCAUAUGUUCAGAGUAUUUAUCUUAACAGAAGUUGUUGAACAUCCACACUUCCUAGAGGUCCAGGUGUGUUUGUUAAAUGACUCACUGAUUAGGUUCCACAUUUGAAAUGAUAAGCAAAGCACCCUAAGAAUCUGUAAGUACAGUCUGUACUGUGGUAGCUUAUGUCUUACCAGAAGGGAAAAAACUGCCUUGCAAAGAUUAAGUCUUGCUGUAAUUUGGUGAGAUGUUUUAUAUGGGGAAAACAACUUAUUUCAACUGAAUUUGUUCCUUUUAAUUUAAUCCUUUCAUUUUCUGGUGUUCUGACUUGGAGUAUGGAAAUGAAUGGAAUGGAAAACUGUUGCAAGAGAAAAAAAAAAACGGGAAGGAAGACACAAAUACUGUGUGUGACAUGCACAAAAAUAUGUAGGUAUACAUACAUAGAGCUUGUAUGUGCUGAGGUUCUGAUUUUUGGUUAGGGUGCCAUGAUUCUUUUUUUUUCUUUCUUCUUUUUCUUCUUUUCUUUCCCUGCUAAACUCCCAGUUUUUUCAUAUGCUUUUAGCAGUAUCUCAAUGUUACAGUUGUAAACAUCUACAGAAUAUCUAAUCUGGGGAAGAGGAUAUCAAAUGCAUGUGAAAAACAAGACUGCAGUAAGACACAAUUCCCAAGAAAUUAUGUCUACACAAAACAUUGGCGAUGAAUAUCAACAACAUAUGUUAUGUACUGUUUGAGUACUUUAACUUCCCCUGUUUAAAAGAGAGGUAGGCCAUUUCAAGACUGUUUUGACUUUAAGACGUCUUAGCCAUUGUUUAUGAAUUUAUUCAAGAGGAGUUAGGAAAAGCACAUAACCAACUGAGGGACAGCAAGGCUUUUACAUCAGUGCUUCAUGUACCAGAUGGCAGGCUCGUGCUGCUGAGUGAGGAAAACACACCAUUCUUUCCAGGGCAAUAACUAGAUUAAGUGCUAUAACUGUUCUACUGCAGUGAAGAAGCUGGGAAGAAAAUAUUCAAAGGAUAUUAAUUUGGGGUUAAAUUCAGACAGGUUAAUGCAUUCUCAAGCAUUAUAAUUGUAUGUGGUCUUACUGACUGUUAUGACUUCAUCUGCUAAUAGCUGUUGAGUAAUGGAAUAAACACAACUGUUCCUUUGGUCCAGUCCUUGUGUUCCAGUUGCUCUGACUGUUAGUCAGGCCGAGAGGAGCAGAGCCCUAACAGGAGACCUGUGAGUCUCCAUUUUGGUGGUCUGAGUAGGUUCAAACUCAAAUCACUAUGGCAGGUACAAGUAUGUGUGCUGAGAGGUGCUCCAUCAGCUUCUGCUUUGAAUGAACUCACUUUCUGGGUUCAGAAAGCAAAACAACAGAAAAAUUGCUGAAUUUCUACCUCAAGUUUUCUUAAAUAUUUACAAAGAAUUAUUAUAUAAAUGUUAAUGAUAGGGGUGGUCUAUCAAACCUUCCUUCUCCAACCUGUAUCACUGUGAGUCAGGUCCUUGUCGAACACAGCUUUGAUAGAGGGGUACAAUAGGUUUGUUUAUCCUGCAGCAUAUGUUGGACAGAUACAUGGAGAGGGGAGUGUCUAUAUCUCAUCAGGCAUAAACUUGCUGAUAUAAAAGUAGGCCAUUCCACCACAGGAUUACUAAAAAUCCUCGUUUGGCACCUGUAGUGGUGUUCUUGCUGAAGGCUGCACGAAUUCCAGGAUGUACAGAGUAGAAAAGAAAAGCAUUUGCAGUGCUUAUUCAUUCUUCAGGUUCUAGUACCACACAACCAAGUCUGAAAGAACGGAACAAUGAACAACUGGAGAUUUCAGGACUCUCUGCUUUGGAGGCUGAAAAACAUGCAGCUUUGUGCACUAAAAUACUCUUUGGGAUUUAGUUCCA